AUGAAAGCACAUUCUGCUGUCAGGGCUGGGCACUUUUUAGUCCUGCUCUGUCUUGUGGCGGCGGAAGGCAAAAAGUCGCCUGCAGGGAAGCAGAGCUGCCGAAGAGGACUCCUCUCCCAAGUGACUGAGAACCUGUACCUCAAGGCAGCCAGUUUGAAAUCAGCUGUUCCUAAGGACCUCAUCAAGAACACAAGGCUGCUUAAAAAGACAACGAAGAUGCUGUUUAUGACAAACUGCAGUGUUCGGGAUCAGCUCCUCUCCUUCUACGUGAGGAACGUUUUCAGUCACCUUGGAGGAAGAAGUGACAAGUUGUAUGUCAUCAGUGCCUUCCAGGUCCUGCAAGCAAACAUGAAUGCUUGUCAUCCAUGUGCUCCAUCAACAAGGCUAUCUGCUGCAGUCAGAAGGUUAAAGAAAACAGUUCUUAAGCUUGGAGAGAGAGGAAUCUACAAGGCCAUCCACGAGCUGGACAUUCUUCUGCCCUGGAUACAGGCCUACAUACAAGCUAUUGUAUGA